AAUUGGGUUAGCACCAGGUUCUUUGCUUGUUUUUAAUAUCAUGGCCAGUGAUAUGGGGAAUGUCAAAUACGAAGAGGAGUACAUCUUAAACUCUAGAGGAAUGAAGCUUUUCACAUGCAAAUGGCUUCCGGACAAUAACAAACCUCCCAAAGCCUUGAUCUUCAUCUGCCAUGGAUAUGGCAUGGAGUGUAGCAUCACCAUGAGCAGUACCGCAACCAGACUAGCCAAAGUGGGGUUUGCCAUAUACGGGAUAGAUUAUGAAGGCCAUGGAAGAUCGUCAGGCCUUAAGGGCUAUGUCAAGAGUUUUGAUCGUGUUGUUGACGACUGCAUCAACCACUUUACAAACAUAUGUGAGAGCAAAGAGAACAAAGGAAAAAUGAGGUAUCUGUUGGGGGAGUCAAUGGGAGGAGCAGUGGCUCUGCUUGUUCAUAGGAGAAAGCCACAAUAUUGGGAUGGUGCGGUCUUAGUUGCACCCAUGUGUAAGAUUGCAGAUGAUAUGAGGCCAUCUCCUAUUGUGAUCAGUCUUUUGAAAAAACUCUGCAGGGUUAUCCCAACUUGGAAAAUAAUCCCCACAAAUGAUAUCAUCGAUGUUGCUUUUAAAGUACCUGAGGUUAGGAAACAGAUGAGAGAAAACCCUUACUUCUACAAAGGCCGACCUCGUCUGAAAACCGGCUACGAACUUUUGAGGGUCAGCACGGAUAUUGAACAGAGGCUUCAAGAGAUCACAUUGCCGUUCCUAGUUCUCCAUGGCGAAGAUGAUAAAGUUACCGACACAUCAGUUAGCAAACAGCUCUAUGAGGUGGCCUCGAGUUCUGACAAGUCACUGAAGUUGUACCCGAAUAUGUGGCAUGGUCUGCUCUAUGGAGAACUAAUUGAGAAUUCUGAGAUUGUGUUUUCAGACAUAAUCAAUUGGUUAGACAGGAGAAGCACCUCCGGAACUUCAAGGUCGGAGGGAGAGUUGAGAAGGGAUGGUGAAAAACAUUAA